AUGGCUGCGCCCUGUGAUUUAAAUGUUCUUGAGUGGCGUAAACAUAUCAAACAAAAGCUGCCUAAAUCGUGUCUGAAGAAAACUAUGGAUAUACUGAGUAACAUUGUUUCUGUCGACAGAGGAAUCAAGCCAAGUUUUCUCUUUGACUUUGCAUCAGUUGAUGUAAAACAGAUGCAGCAGUUUAUCAACGGAACUUUCAAAUCUGGAUUGACAGGACAGUUAUCAUGUUUAUCACUGGUAGAUGAUGUGUUUAUUUACAACCGUGCAUCAAUUGUCGCCCAUUUGCGUAAAAUUGUGGAGCGGACGAGCAAUUUUCUUGUUGACGUUUCAAACACAUUGCCCGAACCCCAGAUAGCAUCCUGUCAAUGUCACAGACAAGUUUUGGAUCACACGUUACAACUACAGAGGGCGUUCUCAUUAGAGAGUGCCUCCCCUGCUCCACUCGAGCUCAAACCGGGCGAUAGAUGGAAUAUUUCUACAGUUUUUGGAAUUUUACUUGGUUACCCAGUUAUUUACUGGUAUAACACGGAAGAAGUUCGGGAUGUUUCAAACUGUCUGAGUAUGGUGUUACUGACCACAUACCGAGCAUACGUCAAUUGCAACCCAACAACGAAUACUGAUACAGUGGGGCAACUGAUUUAUUCUUUUAGUGUUCCUGCAAAACUAAUUCCCAGAUUUCAACGCGAGAUUGAUGACUGGUUAAAGAGGAUCCAAGGGUUGUGCAAUUCUUCUAUGCAUUGUCUACUCGACAAAAGCUCAGCAUGUCAUUCAAGUAUCACCCUUUAA